ACCUAUCGAUUGCUGAUGGGACAGCGUCGAGGUGGCGGACAUGCGAUAGGUCUGCAUAGGCAGAAUGCCGUGAGACGCUGGUCCAAUUACGGACGAACAAACGAUUUUGACGAACAGUCAUUCCAGGCCGCUUCGUCAAGCCGGAGCGCACCCAAUAUUGACUUUGUUUCAGCGCGUCAACGCGUGAAUUUGAUGCACGAUUCUGCUGGCUUCGAUCUCGAGGACAGGUUGCAAACCGUUGUUCCGCCUCCAUUAGAGCGUUUUCAAGAAGCAGCUCGAAUCAUAGAUGGCCAUGCCCAUCUGCUUAUGUGGAUCAUUAUGACUUCUUAUCUCAACGAUCAGAUGGAUAGAUUCGAAAAAGUGACUAGUUUUUACUUCUUAAGGAAUUUUUUAUAA